UUUAGAGAGGGGAAAAGCAUUGUCUUGUCGUGCCUAUGUGCAGAAGCUCAAAGCAUUGAACUCAUUCUCCUUGGGCAGCAUCAAUGGCGGCAGAAUCAUCUCGCAGAAACCCCAAACGUCCAUUUGUGGAAGAAGAUGAUGAAUUAAGCAAAAAACCACCAGCAAAAAGGGUUAGGUUUCCAAAGGGCAAGAAAGUGAAGCCAGGAGAUGAAGUUGUGGACAAAGGAAAUGUCGAGGAGGGUGAAGUUGACUUAACGAAUCCCCAAGUAGCUGCCAAAGCUGCCAAAGAGCGGGCAAAUCUAAGAAAUCAAUUUACUGCUGAACUCUUUAGUGAGGACACUGGAGGUAUCGGAAUAGACUUAUCAGUUGGUGAAGUGACAUAUGAGGAUAGCGAGAAUUUUGUCGAUGACGGGAUUCAAAUUGAGCCUUUCAACCUAGAUAAAGAAAGGGAAGAAGGUUAUUUUGAUGCAGCAGGCAAUUUUGUUGAAUAUGUAAGAGAGAAUGAGAUUAAGGAUGCAUGGCUUGAUAAUAUUGAAUUUGAUCCAAAAUAUUCUGCAUUAAAAUCUGUACCAACUAAUGAUGUGGAUGAGGGCAUGCCUGACCUUUCUUCUAAAGAUAUUGCCGUCAUGAAGAGGCGGAUUGCAAAUGUUCUUGAACCUGGGGAAACGGUUUUGCAAGCCUUGAGAAGGCUAAAAGGUAACAGUGACAGAAAGGCAAAAAUGUCUGCUGAGACUAAGGUUGUAUUUGACCAGCUAACCGAGGAUGCUAUGAAGUUGAUGGAGAAUGGUGAAUACAAUGUUUAUCAUGAAAAGCGAGAGGUUUUUGAUCGUGAAGCGGAAGGAUAUGAGAAGUUAGCCCGGGCAAAAGAAGGCCCAUCAAAUCAACAUUUGGCUAGUGGAGAAGCCUCUAGCACUGGUGAAGGUGAUUAUGAUAUGUUUGCUGACGAGGAUGAUAACAGUAAGCCAUCUACAGAUGAAAAUAAUACAGUUAGUCAAUCUUCAUUGGACGCCAUAAAUUCUGGCACUGAGGGUGGAGCAUUGCAAAAUGAUUAUGUGUAUGAUGAAUCUUCUGGGUACUAUUAUAGCAGCAGUUUGGGCUAUUAUUAUGAUCCAAAUACCGGGCUUUAUUGCUCUGCAGCAUCAGGACAAUGGUACUCAUUUAAUGAGGAGACUAGCACCUAUGAAGAAGUUGAGAAGGCUGCAUCCAACGUGAACUGAGGGACUUGUCUCAAGGAACAAUAGGCUAGUUAUAGCAUAGCCACAAUCAUUGUCUGCGAGUGGCUCAUGUACAGACCGAAACACUCUUGAACUUUUUGUACGUUAUGAGGGACUGCUACCACUGCUCAGAGUUGUGCUUUUAUCUCUUAUAAGGUUGUUGUUUUAUAUUAGCUAUACUUUUUUGCUUAAAAUUAACUUAGAAUGAUCCCUUGAAGUUAGAAUCAAUACAAGUUAUACAAUGUUAACCCUUAUCAAUUUGCGAGACAUUCACUCAUGCCCUCAAAUUGCAAAUCACUUUGCUUGUGCAAUUAGAUAAUUAUUAUUUUUGACAU